GUUGUGCAAGCCUCCGUGCCUUCGCAACUCUCUUCACCCCGUACUUUCUGGACCCCAAGACACGCUGCCGCGCCUGGUUCCUGAUGCUCCUGAUCAUCGCCUCAACGUACGGACAGGUAGCCAUGACACUCCAGCUUGCACAUGUGCACGGCAACCUGCAGACCCACCUGGCCAAG